AACCCCUCCCUUUCUCCCCAUUCACUCCUGUGCAGUGUUUUAUACUGAAAGGUAAAGAUACGAAUUCACUGCGACUUGUACAUGAGUGAGCGGAUAGUGGCGCAGACAGACUGUCCUCCGUCUGAUCGGCUUCAUGUGGUAUGAGCGUUCCCACUCCUCCAGCCGCUGACUGUGUGUGCAGGUCGUAGAGAUGACAGGCUGUGUUUGCAGAGCCAUGUCCGUCAUAUGAUAGCAGAGCCUUACACGCAUCAGAUGCAUGCGGCAAUUAAAUAGUUGUGUUGAGCCAGGGAGGUUAUCCACAUGUGAGGCAACAGCUGGAUUCUCCAGGGAUUCUCUGCUGUCCGUGCAGACCUCAGGUGCAUCCCGGCCAGAAGGUGUUGUGUCGGUUCGCAUUUGGUGAUUCCACAUUCACAAGGCGGCAACCACUCCUGACGGACGAGGCCUCAAGGCAGCAUGAUAACAUCUGUUCACACUCCAGUAUCUCCAGCGGACGGACAGUGAGGACCAGUCGCCACUAUGCGAUGAGUGUAAGGGACCAGUGGCGGUGUUGUGGCCCCAGGCGGGAUGCUGCUGACGGCCGGUCAGUAUGACUCUGCUGGACUUGUGGCUGUCGCGCUCCAUCCCCAUGUGCCUGCUCCUUCAGAGCCUUGUCCUCAUGGCCCUGUGCUUCCCCUCGGCCAGCAUGUGUCCAAAGGGCUGCAUCUGCCUACGCGACCCCCACCUACACGGCCUCAACGUUACCUGCAGUCAGUCACGCCUCAAAGAGAUCCCCCCCAGCCUCCCGGUCGACACUGUCCUUCUGAGGCUGGACCACAACCAGAUAGGUGCCGUUCCCGAUCAAGCCUUCCAUGGACUCAGGCUUUUGAGGGAGCUCAACCUUUCAUACAAUGCAGUGGAGACUUUAGGGGAAGGUGCCUUCAGUGGCAUAGAGGCAACGUUACAGGUGCUGGACCUCUCCCACAAUCGCAUCACUAGCGUACACAAGGAUGCCUUCGCUCGGCUCAAGGCCCGCGUCAUUGUGGAUGAUAACCCCUGGCAUUGUGACUGCGCCCUCCAGCAGGCCAUCGGCGGAAUGGCUCACAACCACGAGGCCGCCGCUCGGGUCCUCUGCAGGAGCUCGGAGCUCCGUGACCAGGAGGGACGACCUUUCUUGGCAGUGGACACAGACCUCUGUAACCUGGCCAAAAGGACCACAGACUACGCUAUGCUGGUGACCAUGUUCGGUUGGUUUGCCAUGGUCAUUUCAUAUGUCGUAUAUUAUGUCCGUCAGAACCAGGAGGAUGCCCGACGACACCUGGAGUACCUCAAGUCACUCCCCAGCAAGCCCAAGAAACCUGACGAGGCCGACGACAUAAGCACUGUUGUCUGACAGCAGUGUCAAUGUGACUGUAUCCCACAAAACCUGAUGAACACCAAAAUGUUUAUGUAACAGGACCCACAUUUAUAGUGUUUACUAAUUCAAACUUUUAGGUGAUGUGAGCAUCAAAUCUGCUGAGAAAUCUUUGUAUUUUAGAAAUUUUGUCGUAUGUCCUUACUAGGGUUUGUUCAUGACUGAUCUAAAAUGAGAUAAGAAGGGAAGCCACAGAGUCUAAUGGUUCAACACCAACAUUGUCUUUUCUACAAAAAAUUGCAUGUGGAGUUUUGAAGAUUUGAAUCUCAGGUUUAAAUAUUGACAUGAUAAUGGCUUUUUUUAGGUUAAAAUUUGGAAUAUCUGAUAAAAAGAAAUAUAUUUGUAAGACGUGACACCCUAAACUUCAUUUCUGAGAGCCUUCAUUUUGGUAUCUCAAAGCCCACGAUAAAAUGUACAUUGAGUUUUGCAACACAUGCUAAACCAACUGCAUCUUCAUACCCUUUAGUGUAAAUGUAAAUUAAAAAAUCUAGUCAGCA